UCCUCAUUCUUCGUCCGCCACUUCAGAAAUUCCGAGGCCCCAAAUUCCCGAUACUUCUUCGCACUCCUGGCUCCAGUCCUCGCCGUUCCGUCCCCGUUGCUGUCGUCGGCGUCGGUAUCCCCAGCUUCCGUGGCACUGCUUUCAGCCUUUCACCGUAUUCUCCUGUUAGUACUCGUCUUCCAUCCUUCAAUCUAUCACGUGAAUCAUCACUUAGGUGGGGGAAAAUAUCUGUUUUUGCUAUUCCUGCUUGAUCUGUCGCCAAUGGGAGUGGAGGCGCCAAAUACAGCACAGAAUACUUCAGCUGCAUUGACGGAGGAGAAUAUAGAUGCCUUGCUAGAGGCUGCACGAUAUGAUGAUAUGGAUGAUCUUGUGAGCCUAGCUUCUAUUGGUGUUCCCCUUGAUUCCAAGGAUUCACAAGGAAGAACGGCUCUUCACAUGGCCGCUGCCAAUGGACAUCUUGACAUUGUGGACUACUUAAUCAGUAGAGGAGUGGAUGUUAAUUCAUCAAAUGAAGAGAAGAAUACACCACUUCAUUGGGCUUGUCUCAAUGGACAUGUUGAGGUGGUGAAGAAAUUGAUACUGUCAGGAGCUAAUGUUGGUGUUUUAAAUAGUUAUGAGCGGACUCCCAUGGAUGAAGCAGUGAGUAGGGGAAAGCUACAAGUGAUGGAUGCUAUAAACGAAGCAGUAACACAAGUUGAACUUACUGGAACCAGGGUUUCUGCAUAAGAAACCUGUUAGUUUAAUCUUUAUUUUUCUUUUUGGACAACUGAUCUUCAAGCGUUGUAUUAUUAUUAGCUUAUUUUGAAAUAUUUAAUUCAAUGA